CCUUCCCUUUCAGCCUACAAGGAAAAAAUGAAGGAGCUGUCCAUGCUGUCGCUGAUCUGCUCCUGCUUCUACCCGGAGCCUCGCAACAUCAACAUCUACACCUAUGAUGACAUGGAGGUGAAGCAGAUCAACAAGCGUGCCUCUGGCCAGGCUUUUGAGUUGAUCUUGAAGCCACCAUCUCCCAUCUCAGAAGCUCCACGAACUUUAGCUUCUCCAAAGAAGAAAGACCUGUCUCUGGAGGAGAUCCAGAAAAAGCUAGAGGCUGCGGAGGAAAGAAGAAAGUCUCAGGAGGCUCAGGUGCUGAAACAAUUGGCAGAGAAGAGGGAGCACGAGCGAGAAGUCCUCCAGAAGGCUUUGGAGGAGAAUAACAACUUCAGCAAGAUGGCGGAGGAGAAGCUGAUUCUGAAAAUGGAACAAAUUAAGGAAAACCGUGAGGCUAAUCUAGCUGCUAUCAUUGAACGUCUGCAGGAAAAGGAGAGGCAUGCUGCGGAGGUGCGCAGGAACAAGGAGCUCCAGGUUGAACUGUCUGGCUGA